CACGGCAGCGCGCCGCAAACAGACUAGGACCCCGUCGCGCUCGCGUCCCUCUGGUCCUUGAGCCGGCGGGGACGGCGGAGCUAUGGCCUUGAGGCUGCUGAGACUUGUUCCAGCGUCGGCUUCCGCGCGCGGCCUCGCGGCCGGAGUCCAGCGCGUGAGACAAAUUCAUACCAGUGUGCAAAGCCAGAUGAAAUAUGGAGCUUUGGCCUUCAUUCUUGGUGACAAGACAACCAAAAAGCUGAAUGAAUACAGCCGAGUGAUAACAGUAGACGGGAAUAUAUGCUGUGGGAAAAACAAGCUCGCAAAGGAGAUCGCAGAGAAACUAGGCAUGAAGCACUUUCCAGAAGCAGGCAUACAGUACUCCAGCAGCACCACGGGUGAUGGGAGGCCCCUCCACACGGAAUUUAGUGGCAGCUGUAGCCUAGAGAGAUUUUAUGAUAAUCCCAAAAGCAAUGAUGGCAACAGCUACCGCCUGCAGUCCUGGCUGUAUGCCAGCCGCCUCCUCCAGUACUCGGACGCCCUGGAACACCUGUUGAGCACAGGACAAGGUGUGGUCUUGGAGCGCUCCAUCUACAGUGACUUUGUCUUCCUGGAGGCAAUGUACAACCAGGGCUACAUCCGAAAGGAGUGUGUGGACCACUACAAUGAAGUGAAGAGGCUCACUCUCCCAGAGUACCUGCCACCCCAUGUAGUCAUCUACAUCGAUGUGCCUGUGCCAGAGAUAAAGAGCCGGAUCCAGAAGAAAGGAGACCCACAUGAAAUGAAGAUCACCACUGCCUAUCUCCAGGACAUCGAGAACGCCUACAAGAACACCUUCCUCCCAGAGAUGAGUGAGCAGUGUGAGGUUUUGGUGUACAGUACCUGGGAAUCUGAAGACUCAACCAAGGUGGUAGAGGACAUUGAAUACCUUAACUACAACAAAGGGCCUUGGCUUCAACAGGAUGACCGAACCUUUCACCACCUGCGGAUGCUGGUUCAGGAUAAGAUGGAUGUGUUGAAUUACACGACCGUUCCUAUCUAUCUCCCAGAAAUCACAGUUGGACCUCACCAGGGUACCCGAAUCUACAACAGCUUCAGAGAGCUGCCAGGCCGCAAGUACAACCCUGGGUACAAUGCCGAGGUGGGUGACAAGUGGAUCUGGCUGAAGUGAAUUGUCCCUUCUACCCAGCUGUGUCACAGCCAUGAAUAUGUCUGCUCUGCCCAACUCUGUGAACUCCGGAGCUUUGCAAGUCAACAGGAAAAAGGCAAUGAUCAAGAAAUUGCCCAAAGAAAUGGUGUAACAACAGUCAAAAAUAGUCUAACAAAAACAGUCUGCCCUGCCCUGUGCCUAGUCAGCUAAUGAAAGUUUCAAAUUCCAUUGAAAAGGUUCUGGAACCUUCCAUUUUUAUUUUGGAAUCAUCUGGGGAAAAAAACAAAACAAAGCUGGUCUGCUCUGAAAGAGCAGCUCCCACUGGAUGCCCACAUCCCCAUGCCCUUCGGUCUUCUCCACUGCAAGAAAUAAAGAUGGCUCUGUGGCUCCUCCUCCUGUGUCUGCACCGCACACACAUGCACGCUCACACACACACACACACACACACACACACACACACACACACACACACACACCCCUGGUGGUGAUGCUGAGCCUUCCAUCCCUUCCCUGCAGUUCAGGCCAUUCAUACACAAUGUUGAAGCGGGUUUUUUGGAGCAUUUGUUCUUCUUGUAACAGUGCACAUUAGAGCAGAAAGGGAAAGAAGAACCUCCACACACUGGCAGAGUGCUGUCCUCUAGAGCAGGCUCACUUGAUGAGCGUGGGACGUGGGUAUGGACACAAGGUCUGAUGCCGUUACCAAAAGUCAGGGUGCCAGUCCCAAGUGAAGACUUUUGUCAUUCACCUAUAUUGGAACCUAAGGGGAAGAGUCCUUAUAAGCUAGUGUCAAUUGGUGUUGCUGUUUGGAAGUCCCUCUGUAAGUUGUCCUAAGUUGUGAGUUUGUACUGAGCCCCUGCUGUGGCUGCUCCUAGUACAUGUGAUUUACAUUUAACUUAAUUAAAAGUGAAUGAAAAUUA